GGGAGAAGGGACUGGACAAACUAUGAACGAGGAGAUGACAAAAAGCGAGGAGCAGCAUUUGAGUUUGCAGAAAGCCUUGCAGCAGUGCGAGUUGGUGCAGAACAUGAUCGACAUUAGCAUUUCCAGCCUGGAGGGUUUGAGGACCAAAUGUGCCACAUCCAACGACUUGACGCAAAAAGAGAUCCGGACGCUGGAAGGGAAGCUGGUCAAGUACUUCAGCCGCCAGCUGUCCUGCAAGUGCAAAGUGGCCUUAGAGGAGCGAUGCGCCGAGCUGGAGGACUUCCCUCGCCUUGGCCACUGGUUCCGCAUCGUCAACCUGAGGAAAGAGGUCACGCAGGACAUGAGCCCGGGCGAGGUGACUCUGGAGGGUCUGCUGGACAUGAGCGAGCAACGAGUGUGCGAACUCCUUCAAAAGUUCGGCGCUAGCGAGGAGGAAUGUGCCCGACUCAACGCCUCGCUGUCCAGCCUCAGGAGGGCCCACCAGCUCGAACAACUUGAGGAGGAUAAAUUGCACAGUAAUGGAGGGAGCCAGACCAAGCAGGACUGGUCCAUCCAGUGGCCGACCUCCGAGUCAGGCAAGGAAAACACCCCCGUGUGUCAGCCGGAGGCGAGCCAGUGGAUCCGCUUCCAGCUGUCCCAAAGCCCCAAAGUCCAGUCCAAGUACAACCAGCUCAUGUGCCACAGCCCCCAGGCCCUGGCGCCCCCUUUGUACGCAGACCGACUGACCGUGGACAGCCCUUCUACGGGACUCCUGCCCGCCUUGGACUUUGGCCAGCGCUCGCUGCCCCCGUCGCCUCGCCAGAGACAUUUUGGCCACACGCCUCCUCGGACUCCUUUGGUGUUCAACACAAUGACCCCGCCUGGCACGCCGCCUAUGCGGCGAAGGAACAAACUGAAGGCCCCGGGAACGCCGCCGCCGCCGAGUCGCAAGCUGAUCCACCUUCUGCCGGGCUUUACCGCUCUGCACCGGAGCAAAUCACACGAGUUCCAGCUGGGAAACCGCUUGGACGACACGCAGACGCCAAAAGCCAAGAAGAAGACCAAGCCCUUGAACCUUAAGAUCCACAGCAGCGUGGGCAGCUGCGAGAACCUGCCCACGCAGCGCUCGCCCCUGCACACCGAGCGCUCCCUGAGAUCCUUCUUCUUCCCCUCCUUCGUCCCCUCCACGCCUCCCGUGCACGCCGAAACGCCCUCUGCAAACACUCUCUCAGUGCCUCGCUGGUCCCCGCAGAUCCCCCGAAGAGAUCUGGGAAACUCCAUAAAACACAGGUUUUCCACAAAGUACUGGAUGUCACAGACAUGCACCGUGUGUGGGAAGGGAAUGUUGUUUGGACUCAAAUGUAAAAACUGCAAGCUGAAGUGCCACAACAAAUGCACCAAAGAAGCACCGCCCUGCCAUUUACUCAUCAUACAACGAGGCGGCAGAGAGUCUUUCAAAGAUCACCAAGGAAUGACUCAAGUAGCUCGUCUGGUGCGGACCGAGUCGGUGCCGUGUGACAUCAACAACCCACUCAGGUACACCGACCUGCACAUCAGUCAGACGCUUCCCAAAACCAACAGAAUCAACAAGGACCACAUCCCGGUCCCGUACCAGCCGGACUCCAGCAGCAAUCCCUCGUCCACCACCUCCUCCACACCCUCGUCUCCGGCCCCGCCCCUGCCCAGCAGCGCCACGCCCCCGUCGCCGCUGCACCCAUCCCCGCAGUCCGCCCGGCAACAGAAACAGUUCAACUUGACAGCGUCCAGUUACUUCAAGUACAAACAGCAGUUUAUUUUUCCAGAUGUUGCUCCAGAGGUUCCGCCGAGCCGAGCGCCGCAAGUCAUCCUGCACCCCGUCCUGACGGAACCCGGCAAUCCUUUGCUUCAGAUCGAAGUGGAGCCCACGUCUGACAACGAGGACGCCAACGACGAGGAGUCCGGCGACGAGUUCGAGGAGAUGAACCUGUCGCUGCUGUCGGCGCGCAACUUCCCCCGCAAGGCCAGCCAGACCAGCAUCUUCCUGCAGGAGUGGGACAUCCCCAUCGAGCAGCUGGAGAUGGGCGAGAUGAUCGGCAAGGGACGCUUCGGCAAGGUGUUCCACGGCCGCUGGCACGGCGAGGUGGCCGUCCGCCUCAUCGACAUCGAGCGUGACAACGAGGACCAGCUGAAGGCCUUCAAGCGGGAGGUGAUGGCCUACCGCAACACCCGCCACGAGAACGUGGUCCUCUUCAUGGGGGCCUGCAUGAGCCCGCCGCACCUGGCCAUCAUCACCAGUUUGUGUAAAGGAAGGACUCUGUAUUCCGUGGUGAGGGACGCCAAGGUUGUCCUGGAUGUCAACAAGACUCGACAGAUUGCACAAGAGAUGGUCAAGGGGAUGGGCUACCUCCAUGCUAAAGGCAUCCUACACAAGGACAUGAAGUCCAAGAAUGUCUUUUACGACAACGGCAAAGUGGUCAUCACCGAUUUCGGACUCUUCACCAUCUCUGGGGUUCUACAAGCCGGCAGCCGCAGAGAAGACAAACUGAGGAUCCCAAACGGCUGGUUGUGUCACUUGGCUCCAGAGAUCAUCCAGCAGCUCUCUCCGGACACCGAGGAGGACAAGCUUCCCUUCUCCAAGCAGUCCGACGUCUUCGCCUUUGGGACCAUCUGGUACGAGUUACACGCACGUGAGUGGCCUUACAAGAGUCAGCCCGCUGAGGUGAUGGUGUGGCAGAUUGGCAGCGGCAUGAAGCCCAACCUGGCACACAGCGGCAUGGGCAAGGAGAUCCUGGACAUCCUGCUGCUGUGCUGGGCCUUCCAGCAGGAGGAGCGGCCCACCUUCUCCAAGCUGGUGGACUUGCUGGAGAAGUUGCCAAAACGCAACCGCCGCCUUUCCCACCCGGGACACUUCUGGAAGUCAGCUGAGCUCUAAUCAUGGCGUCCAUGGGGGCCGUGUCCUAGCGUGAAGAUCGUCCUCGGAUCGCUCGCCAUCUUUUAAAUGUCCGCCUGUGGCCUCCAUCAUCUCUCCAGAUCUACUCUCUUGGUCGAAUACACACACACACACACACACUCAAACAUACACGUACAGUUAAGCCCAACAUGAUUCAAAUCCGGACCAAAAUUCUGGUAAAGUUGAUUCUCAUCUUUUAACUAAAUAGAUACAUAAUUCAAAGUGUGAAGCGCAACAGCUUGAGAAAUAUAGAAAAAAAUAUAUAUACUUUUCCAAACCUGGUAAGAGUUCUGUUUCAAAAUUGUUGCAUGGUAAAAAACGACUUUUGAAGGUUAGGCUUCAAUCGUACUAGGAGUGGCUCAAUGUGCCAGUACUGAAAAAGACAAUACAAAUAUAAAUAAAUCAAUUACAUUUUUAAAUACCUUGUUAAUUGUCCAUCGAUUAAUAAGUUGUGAAAUCUAAUCUUACACUUCAUUGUGUUUUUAUUCAAUUAACACAUACAUUUCCUUUAGAAGGCUAUGUAUUUUUUGAAUAUGUGUAUAUAGUGUUUUUAUGAGUUGACUUGUUAUCAUUGUAUUAUAUUGAUUAUUGAUAUCAUGAUUGUCAGGUUCAAACACUGAUGACAUCUAUUAAACAAGACAAGAAGCAAAGAAUCAAACAGAGACAGAAUUCAAUGUGGUUCAGUGAGGAGAAACGUGCACAUCUGUACCCUUGCGCAGUGUCAUUACGUCCUGCCAAAAGAUUGCACGCCUCCUUCUUUUAUCUUGGAUUCUCCCCGACCACAGCUGCUUCCAAAGGACAUAGGUCGCAAACAGUUCACAGAGAAGGUCGUAAACAGUUCACAGAAAAGGUCAGUUCAAAAAAGAGUUCGUAAAACAGUUCAAAAAGAGGUCCAUAAAAUAGUUAAAAAAGAGUUCGUAAAGUAGGAGGUUCAAAAAGAGGUCGUCUGGAAAUUGGGCAGAUCCCGCUUUCUCUCCGCUUUGAAGUCCUUGGGUUAGAACAAUAUCUUUCUGUUGAUUACCAUACAUGAAAGAAAACAGAAAACCCUUCCCCUUACACAGUGGAGUUUUACGAGCCUUCUUCUUGGUAGGUUUCAAAGACAGCUUUUGUCUUCUUGCCGGGCACUCAAUGUAACACAAAGUUUUUGUGAUAACUUAGAAACAAUCAUUCUAUCAAUGAUCAAUAACAUAUCGUGUGUGUCAUUAAUGUGUUUUUGAAGCCUGCAAUGCGGUAUCAUACAAAAGAGGGCUAUUAAACAUUUAAAAAAAUAUAAUUUAAUGUGUUAUAAUAAUGCAUCUAAAACUAGAUAAUUAUUGAAAUAUAUUGGUCAUGAAAUCAAUGUGUUAAAUAAUUAAAUAAUUCCCAAAUAAAUGAUUACAUAUUUUAUUGGCUUUAUACUUGUUUCAUUUUGGCACCAAAAACCCCCUUUGAGCUGGGAACAGUAGGAAUCCUGCGAGGCUUAACUGUACGUUCUCUCAAACGCCCGCCGGGACCUUUUAUCGUGAGGCUCGGCCCACGCCAACACUUUUAAAUACAGAGAUGCCUUUUCUCCCCGCGCUGAGCCUGAAGCCCCGCCCCCCAGCUUCGAGUGACACCACACGCUCCACGACUAAUCAUCAAAAAGUAUGCAAAUAUAAGUCAUCCUUAAAUCAGGAUGUUUUACCUCCAAACAUCCUGGCCGGCGAGCUCGCUUGUUCUGUUAACGGCGACAAGACGACGCUUCUUCUCGUCUUCAGCAGCUGAUCAAAGCAUUCUGGGAGGUUAAGUGCCUUCAUUAGUGGCAUGUGAUGGUUUUCUCCACAUAAUGUUCUGCAGUGGAAUUAUCUUACAACAACACAUUAAGUGGUUUUCUUGUUGUUAUUGGGUUGCAAUCCCAGCAAAUUCUCUUUUAGAGGCUGGAAAGACGACUUAUGGCUAUUUCCACUGUUCAUUUCUGUCCAAAACGUUUGUUAUGUUUUGCUAAGAGUUCCCAAAAUUAGUUCAAAAUUGUUUUAAAUUGACAAUUUUUAAAAAGAACACCCAUGUCAACAAUGAGGGAUGCUAUGCGAUACUAUGCUGAACAAAACAUCAACAUCUUAGCUUAGUGAUGGGUGACAAAAAUAAUUAGAGUGAUAUCUUAUAUCAGAGGUUCUCAAACGUCCCCCAAGUACCAUCCAUCCAUCCAUCUUCUUCCGCUUAUCCGAGGUCGGGUCGCGGGGGCAGCAGCCUAAGCAGGGAAGCCCAGACUUCCCUCUCCCCAGCCACUUCAUCCAGCUCCUCCCGGGGGAUCCCGAGGCGU